AUGAAGAAGCGUGCCCGCACCUCCAGCACAGCAGACGCCAGACCCCCCAAGCGCCAAAAGCAGCCCAAGUACACCAAACGAGAUCCCUCACCCGGGGAGUGCGAACGCCUGCGGGCCAAGUACCCGAGGUUCGAGCAAGCAGGCGAGGGUAGUUGGCCUAUCGAGACGGUGUUGAACCACCGUCGGGGUCGCAAGAAGAACACUUUUGAAUUCAAGGUGCAGUGGACAGAUCAUCCUGAGACCAACGAGGCCUUCGCGCCAGAGUGGGUGCAAGCCGACGCCCUUUCAGAAGAGGUUAUCGCGGACUAUUGGGCUAUCAGGAAGGCAAGGAGCGAACACGCCCGGCAGAGCAAGAGCAAUACGGAACACCCAGAAGAAGGAACGAGUAGAAAGACUGCAGCGAGCAAACGCCGCGCAAGCCGUCGAGUGCAAGAGGACAACAGUCAAAUUGGUCAACGACGUGUGACUCGGUUACAGAGCCAAAUCAGUGCGCGUGAUACGCCUUCGACUCCGUCAAUCCUACCAGAAUCCGAGUCAACGCGAGAAGACAGUGUCCCUCAGUCUCUUUCGAACCCAGCGCCGGUGUCCGAGGCAAGGUCAGACGCAGGGUCGGACGGAGAGUUUGAGCCGGGGUCAGACUCAGACUCAGACUCAGAAUCAGACCUAAGGGCAGAAUCUGCACUUGAUCUAGGUCCUGAAACAGAUUCAGUUCAGGCAUUUGAGCCCGCAGCAGAGCCAACUGCAGGUGCAAGCGCGGAGACAGAACCACCGUGGAAACCAGAGCCAGCGACAAACUCGGCCGCAGAGCUAGGCGCAGCGACAAGCGCAGCGACAGGAUCACAGCGGCAAGCAGAGCCGGAAAGCUUGCUAGCGGCGAGAUCGGCGUCAGAAUCCAGGCUAUCAACUCCUCCGCAUACACUCUCAGGAUCACGACAAGAAGAUCUAACGAACUUCAGUCCAUCGUCGUGCAAGAGAACACCCGAACCACCGGCGCCCAUAUCGCACCCGCCUUCUGGCAGUUUUGAAGCUUCCGCCCUUAACCCCACCCGUCCCUGUUCACGGGCUUCAGAACAGGAAUCCAGGAGUGACGGAGGGCUCAAUACCCAACGGCAUCCAAGAGUCUCUGCCCCGUCGGCUGAGGAGGGGCACCCGCCUGAGGGGCCAACAUCCCCAGCGAAAGGACCCCAAGGUCGAGAUUCCGCUGAGAAACUUGCUGUUGAUAGUCGCGUUGUUGAAGGUGCACCUGUCGACUCUGCAACACAGACAUCGCCUCUGCAACAGUCACACAGUGGGACUGGAUCUUCCGAUUUUCUGGCCAGAGAACGUCUUCCUCCAGAUUUAGAGAAACUCCGGGUGUGCUACAAUUUCGCGUUUCGCGCGCCAGUUUUGGACCCUACGUAUCUUGGCCUGAAAGGAACUCCUGACUCGAGACAAAGUCCUUGCCACAUGGACUUCCCAAUCGAUACGAUCAAUAAUCCCACGGUGGUGGAUGCCCCGGAGCCUGAACUUGACCGUGCUGACGAUACCGCAACGUCGACGUAUGAUACCCUCGGGGGAAGUGCACUUCCAAUCCAAGCCUCGAUAGAAGACGAAGAACACACUUCCAGCGGAGAGCAGUUCUCAUCCGAAUCCAAGGCAAGUUCAAGUCAGCAAUCCGUCGAAAACGAACGGGAUGUGCCUCAAGUGGCAGGGUUGCUCCCAACUGGCGUGCCCAUACUUGGUCUCGCCGAAUAUGCGAUAGCACUUCCCUGCGAGGGCAGGAUACAGUCCACAUAUUCGGACAUUAUUAAAUCAAAAGAAAAGUCCAUCAAGAAGUUUCUUGGUAGACACGAUUCCGUUGGGUCGUCAAGCCGAUCUCUCACUCAUAGUCACGAAAGAAACGAAAUGAAUGAAAUGAUCCUCCACCUGCACGACACGGUCACACAUAUGGAUCUUGGCUUACCGGGCAUACCCACCCACUACCCAGGCAACUCGCAGGAACAUGCGGCGUAUGCAAACUAUGCAGGCUCGAAAUUCUCCUUUCUUGGGCACCUCGUUGAUAUCAUGAAAAACAUUGGGUGCUCGAUUAUCAUCAUGGCUCGAGAAGGCCCGGUUCAAGAUCUCAUUGAGGAUUAUCUCAAGAUGAAGCAAGUCGCUGUGAACCGACAGGACCGAAUGAGCCGCUCCAAGGCACCAGUUCCAGAUCGGUUCAGUACAGAUUUCCAGGUUGAACUGGUCACCACAUGGUCAACACAUCAAGUCUCCAUCUACAGCAGGCCUAUCUUGAUGAUCGCUUUUGAUGCUUCUUUCGACGCUCAAGAUCCUCAGAUCCGACGCAUACGGGCGCAUUUCUCUGAGAGACAUCCUAAUCUCAUGCCGGUCCUCCAUUUGCUGGUUGCAAACUCGUCUGAGCACGUCGACCGCUGUCUGCCAAAAAGUAUGCCAUCUCCCAUGAGGUUGAAGGCGCUGGUCCGAGCCACCUUUCAAGCAUGGCCGAAUCUUGGGGGAAAGCCGGUAUAUCUACCUCGUGCGUCGGAUGAACCAGAGGGCAGAUCCAUGGACUUUUCCGACCUCCAGCGGGCUAUUAAGAAGAGCCCUGAACGGAAGCUUGCGUUUCUUGCCAGCGUUGUCAUGCAGGCCGCUAUCUCGCCCGAGUUUGAUGCCGUCUGGAACACGAACAGCAUGAUGCCGCCGUUGCAGUUGACAGAUUACAAAGAAACACCUCCCAAGCGUAGUGGCAUUAAUACCAGGGCAGGGACGCCAAGGGAGCCCCUCACUCGAUCUAGGACUCCUCUAUCCCGUGCCGACACUCCCUCGGGCAGAAAACGCUUGCUGGAGGCCGACGGGGUUCUCCCGGCGCUACAAAAGCGACAACGUCUUACGCCUCUUCGCGAUUCGACCGAGUCGAGUAGCAGGAUUGACCCGAACCAAGUUACACAACUCCGAGAUCAAAUCAAGAAGCUGGAGGCAGACCUGGAAUCGGAAAAAGAGGCCCGACGAAAAGCGGAACAGGAUCGAGACAAUCUGCAGGAACAGCUGAUACAGUGGAAACAAGACCAUGCCGGCCUACAACACCGUUACGAGAAACGAAUGAUGAAGUGCCACGAACUAGAAAAGCAGAACAAGAAAACCCUAACAAUGGUGGAAAACACUAGAAACCAAAACAAAAGAAUUGCAGAGGAGCAUGCCACUCUAAAGCGGAAGAAUGACGAUUUGCGGAAAGAAUUGGCUAACACGCGGGCGGAGAUCGAGGCCGGCGGCGGCGAUGCGGCGGCCGUAGAAGCCGCCCGGGCAGAAGCUCGCACGCUCCGUGCGCGUAAUACUGAACUGGAGAAAGCCCUCGAGAACAACCGCAACGAAUUCGAAUUCACUCGGACUCAAUACCAGGAGGCAUCAAACAAGGCUGCCGAGUUUGCCAACCAAAUCAGGGGCCUGGAAGAAGAGAUUGCAACCCUGCGCAAGCUGGCGGACUCGGAGAAACGACGCCUCAAGGAGACCAACCACCAGCAUUCUAUCAAGCAACAUCUCGACAAGAUCGGCGAACUGGAAUUGGAAUGCAAAUCGCGGGAUGCGCGUCUCCGAAAGCUAGAAGAUGAGAAUCGCCACUUGAAGCGAAAUCGUGGCAUUCAGACUCGAGGGUCCAGUGCGCAACCGCCCGGCAGUCCCGGGCUAGACGGGCACGGUGGUAGAGGUACAAGAAGCCGGCAAGGCAGUCCCGCCCCUGGACUGUUUGCAAACUCGCAUCAUAACAGUGUAAUAAACAGAGGCAGUCUGCUGAGACAUGAGCGGUAG